CUAAAUCUCUGCAUAUAUUUUUUCCAAUUCUAUCUACCUCUGCAUAAGUUUCCGCAUGCAGUACUUAAGAAAAUCUCAAAGCUGCUUCAAGUCCAUGGCAUAACAAGAUCAUCAAGCUAGCCAUAGAAAACGAUCAAAAUGAUGUCUGCGAUAUCCGAGGACUACGAGGAAGAGAGUUCAAGUAGUAGUGAUCUGUUCGAGAUCAACCAUGAAUACGAUUACGAGAGUAGUUUGUUUUCUUUUGAUUUUCAGAAACGGAACGACAGCGUUUUUGUGGCGGUGGGGAAGACGGAGUCACGCUCAAGCAUGGAUGCGCUGGUGUGGACGCUCAGAUACCUUGUUACUCCCUCCACCGUCCUUCAUCUCAUACAUGUUUUUCCGCCGAUACGCUACGUUCCAAGCCCAUUAGGAAUGCUUCCAAGAAGUCAAGUGAAACCUGAAAUGGUGGAGAGCUAUGUGUCCCAAGAAAGGGAUAAGAGAAGAAAGCUCCUUCAAAAGUUUCUAGACACGUGCUCUACUUCCAAGGUAAAUGUUGAUCUUAUGCUCAUUGAAAGUGAUAACACUGUGAAGGCUAUUCUGGACCUCAUCCCAGUUCUCAGCAUAACAAAACUAGUACUUGGAACCACAAAAUUAAGUCUAAGGAAAUCGGAGUCCAAGAGAGGAAGUGCAAUAGCUGAUCAGAUCCUCCAGAAUGCAUCGGAUGGUUGUGAGAUUAAGAUCAUCUGCGAAGGGAAGGAAGUCAUUGACAGGUUGAUUGACUGGUCCUCUCCACGCGGGAAUAGCAGUACGACAAAGUCAAAAUGGAUAGAUAUAUUUAAAUACUUCAAUAACAAAUUGCGGUAAAAGGCUAAUUUAAGAGGUUUUUGUAUAUAUAUAUUUUAAAGUUAUGAUAUUACAUAAA